GGAAGAGUCUGAGCAGUGAAGAGUGAAGGAUGCUGAGGUUUUAUGUACUCCUGGUUCCUCUCUGUAAAGCAUACGGGGACGUUCUCUACGCCGACUUUGGAGACAAUGUUACUCUGCAUUGCUUCUACACCUCCAGUGCCUCCCAUCUAAACUGGUACAAGCAGGUACCAGGAGAACCGCCGCAGAUCAUAUCCACUUUUUACAAACAUCUUCCCGGCUCCAACACCUUACACAAGCAGUUUAAGGACAAUAAGCGACUUUCAGUUUACACCAAGGAAGGGCUCUACGAUCUGAAGAUCUCUAAUAUCCAAGACUCUGAUUCUGCUCUGUACUACUGCGGCUACACCAGCAUCUCCGUCACCGAGUUUGACAACGGAACAUUUUUAUUGCUAAAGAAUUCCAGCUGCAAGACGGUCCUCCACCAGCCGGACUCCGUUUCUGCCCAACCAGGAGGCUCUGUGACUCUGAACUGCACCAUGCUAACCGGAACCGUUAACGGAGACCACAGCGUUUACUGGUUCAGGAAGAACUCGGAGGGAUCCGGUCUGGGAACGCUGUACACAACGACACGGAGUGGUGGUCUGUGUGCGAGGAGCCCAGAAGACGGUCCUGCUGUCCACAGCUGCGUGUACAGCUUACCAAAGAGGAACGUGACCAUGUCUGAUGCUGGGACGUACCACUGCGCUGCGGCUUCAUGCGGACGGAUUCUAUUCGGGCCAGGAACAAGACUAAAUGUGGGAGAGAAACAGCUUGACCCUGCGUUGAUGCAUGGAGGGGUGGUGUCCCUGGCUGCGUCUCUGAUCUUGAACAUCAUCCUGAUUUUUAUUAACGAAGACUUAACGGUGGUUCAUUAUGCAGCCCUGGAUUUCAAACUGAAGUCGGACGCAAUGAACAGACAGAAGAACCGAGAGGAGGAACCGGUUUACUCCAGAGUCAGACAGUCCAACCAGAAGUGA